UUCAAACGAAGUCCAGAAAAAAAAAAUAACCAUCGUGUCUAUGUAGUUUUCUAGGUUUCUAAUUUUACUGAAAUGGCAAAGAAAAAUGUGUUUAAAAUAAUCAAACGAUUACUACAAAAGAGAUGUUUCCAUUGGCUGAUUUAUCUUUCUGUAACAGGGAUAUUAAUCGCGUGUAUUGAGGUUUUCGGGCUGAGAAAGAUACUAGCAACAAAUCAUGUUUUCGCGAGAUAUCCAAGAAGUUUCGAGCGCAACGCCGUUAGUGUUGAUGAGUACCGGGCGUCAACACCAGAAUCUUAUUCAUCUCGCAGUCUCGCUCUCGAACUUCGUAGGAAACUACAACUCGCAGAAGGCACACCUGAUCUAAACGUCACCUUCAGCUGCCAUAGUCUGGGGGUCGUUAAAGAUUGUAACGGAACCGGAGAGCGAUGCCUACAGGAUGAGUUACCCGCUGACCUUGAGACCAGGGUCAAGCAGCUGGCGUUCGGGGAGAACCUGCAGGUGCCGGUCAGGUACCGUGACGUCAUGAGAUCCUUCGCCGAGCAGAUCCCGGGUGUGUAUGACGUCAUCAUCGUCACCGCGCUCUCGUCGAAUCAUUUCAAGGAGUCACAGGCUUUUCUUAAAUCGCUUCACGCUGAAGUAUUUCCCCUGCUGAGCAACUUUCACCUAGUCAUGUUUGAUAUCGGCUUGAGUACUGAAGAAAACACACAAUUAAAGAAACAUUGCAGAUGUACCGUUGUAAACUUUACCUUCGAGGAAUUUCCACCACACUUCAAGUCCUUAAAAUGCUUUGCUUGGAAACCAGUUAUCAUAGGAUCAGUGUAUUUUAAGGCGGACGUUGUAAUAUGGAUGGAUGCCUCCAUCAGAUUUCAUCUGCCAGAUGCCAUACCUGUAAUGAUAUCUAAGGCCAAGCGACAAGGUGUUGUUUUAAGGCAUAAUCCUGCCAAUGCUGCUAGCCCGUACUACACGUUGAAACAGAUGUUUGAGUACUUCGGAGACUCGCCUUGUGCUCAUUUACUGUUUGAUCAAGUUGAAAGUGGAUUUGGUCUCUACCACAGGUGA